UCCUGGAAAUCUUUCUUUCUAUCUCUGCAACAAGCCCACCCACUCACCUAAACGGGUCAACCCGACGCCUCUACUAUGGACAGACCCAAAUUCGUUAUUGAACCGACGGAGGCCGAAUCGAUGGCGAACCAAUUAGGCCUAACGGUCCUCGAGCUUCUGCCAUCUCUGGUGAAACCGGCGCAGUCGCUGGCCCGUCCACCCAUCUCCAAGUACCACGUUGGCGCCGUCGGACUCGGUUCAUCGGGUCGGAUCUUCCUGGGAGUCAACCUGGAGUUCCCGGGUCUCCCUCUUCACCACUCAGUGCACGCGGAGCAAUUUCUUGUCACCAAUCUCUACCUCAAUGCAGAAUCCAACCUCCGAUACGUCGCCGUUUCCUCCGCCCCAUGCGGCCAUUGCCGUCAAUUCUUCCAAGAAAUUCGCGGUGCAUCAGAUAUCAACGUCCUCGUCACCUCCGAUGAACCUAACGAAGAUCGCAGCAAAUUCCGUCCUCUAUCGUAUUUUUUGCCUCAUAGGUUCGGUCCCGAUGACCUCCUGGAUAAGGACGAACCCCUCCUUCUCGAGCCUCACCGGAACGGGUUGUCUCUAUUGGGCGCGAAAGAGAAUUGUUGUUCUGAACUCUGCAACGGCGAUACUUUUGCCGAGGAAUUGAAGCGCGCGGCUUUGGAUGCAGCGAAUAGGUCCCAUGCGCCAUACAGCAGGUGUCCAUCUGGAGUGGCGUUGAUCGAUUGCGAAGGAAAGGUAUACAAGGGUUCGUACUUGGAAUCCGCUGCUUAUAACCCUAGCUUCGGACCGGUACAGGCGGCGAUAGUUGAUUAUGUGGCAAAUGGCUUUGGUGGCGGCUACGAACGAAUCGUUGGUGCUGUGUUGGUGGAGAAGGAAGACUCUGUUGUCAGGCAAGAACACACGGCGAGGCUGAUUUUGCAAUUGAUAUCGCCCAAGUGCACUUUCAAGGUGUUCCAUUGCUGCUGACUGUUCUAAUUAAUGGAGCAGACGUCAGCUCCCCAUACAUGAUGUUACAACUUUGUGGAGAUUUAUAUUAUUGAUAAAUAGUCAUCCGGAUGUGGUGAAUGCGACUCCUUUUGUGAGGAGGCACCAAUUCUACCGAACCUAAAGGACUAUUUAGAGAGAGUUGUCUCAUGCUCUUAUAUAUUUUCUAUCCUGUGUACCUGUGUCAAUUUUUUGUUAAGUAAAGAUUUUUGUUGAAGAUUGUUGGAGCUUUUUGUAA